CUCCCUGAGCGUCUGACCCCAGUGCGCAUGCGCAGCCCGGGUGACGAAGAUGGUGCUCAUCAAGGAAUACCGUGUAGUGUUGCCAGUCUCUGUGGAAGAGUAUCAAGUAGGGCAGCUGUUCUCCGUGGCUGAGGCCAGCAAGAACGAGACGGGAGGAGGAGAAGGCAUCGAGGUGCUGAAGAAUGAACCCUACGAGAAGGAUGGGGAGAAGGGACAAUACACACAUAAAAUCUACCAUCUAAAGAGUAAAGUCCCAGGUUAUGUGAAGAUGAUUGCACCAGAGGGAGCGUUAGUUUUUCAUGAAAAGGCCUGGAACGCCUACCCAUACUGUCGCACCAUUGUGACGAAUGAGUACAUGAAGGACGACUUCAUGAUUAAGAUCGAGACGUGGCACAAACCUGACAUGGGAACAAUAGAAAAUGUCCACGACCUGGACGAGCAGACAUGGAGGACCGUGGAGGUGACUCCCAUCGAUAUCGCCAACAGAGAAGAACUCCUCACCGGGGACUAUAAGCCAGAAGAAGACCCGGCUCUUUUCCACUCAACCAAGACGGGCAGAGGACCCCUGGGCCCGGACUGGAAGAACGAGCUGAAGACGGACUGUCCCUACAUGUGUGCGUACAAACUGGUCACCGUCAAGUUCAGGUGGUGGGGUCUGCAGACCAAAGUGGAGAACUUCAUCCACACGCAAGAAAAGCGUAUUUUCACCAACUUCCACCGCCAGCUGUUCUGCUGGAUCGACAGAUGGGUGGGUUUGACCAUGGAGGACAUCAGGCGGAUGGAGGAGGAGACCCAAAAAGAGCUCGAGGAGAUGCGUCAGAAGGGAGAUGUGCGAGGCACCUCUGCAACAGAAGUGUAGAGGCCCGUCGCUGUAGGUCAAACACACUAGAGGCAGGCUGACUGCGUAAUACAGGUCCGAUUCGAGGCACCAGUGCUGCUCAUGAGCAAUGAGGCAAAUCAACCAAACCCCGUCACGAUGACGUCAUCAGAGACACGUCCACCACGAUGAGGAGGAGGCCCCGACGCCGUCGCCUCUCCUCCUCCCGUCUCACAUGAUUCAUUGGGGGGUUUGAUGAUGAAGAUUGGUAAACAGUACUGUACAGAUUCUACCCCGAUCACAAGCCUCCUGUUCACAACAGAAAACAUGGGUUUUGCAUACAUAUAAAACAAAAAAAAGGAGAAAAAAAACUCUUUGCACAGAACGUAAAAAUUGCCUGAAAUGUAAUUGUUAGUUGAUUAUUACAAAUGGGCUUUUGUUUUUAUUCAGGUGUGUACGCCGUGACUCAGAAAGUCAAGCCUUUUUAAAUUCAUUAGAAUGUUUUUAAGGUUCCCACUACAAUUGGUUUAAGAUGACUUUAGCAGGUAUUGGACCAUUUUAUCCCCCCCCCUUCCCUUGUAUUAUAGUCUGUCUCUCCUUUGAUCCCCCCCCUCAGUAUUGUCUCUAUUCUCGUCCCGGUAAAGAUGUGUCUCCGUGUCCUCCCCUCCUCGUCUCACUGUCCCCUCCGUCUGGCAGGUAGUUGGACGAUACCGAUGUUUCUCUUUUUACGGUUUUUCAUUUAUGAGGCUACGGUUCAAAGCAAAGUUAAUGCUCAUGCAUGAUGGAAAAUUCUCUGCACACAUGUCAUCCCCUUCAUCAUCAUCAUCAUCAUCAUCCUCCUCCUCCGUCACAAGUGCAUGUGGACAACAGCAACUCCUCGCUAAACCGUCGUUGCAUGUGUACAGUCGCUGCAGUGCAGCUUUCCUCGAGCGGAUCGUUUGUGUUGAUUAGAGAGCGAGUGAUAGAGAGUCUGUACGAUGCACCAGUGUGUGUGUGUGUGUGUGUGUGUGUGUGUGUGUGUGUGUGUGUGUGCUUUGUUUGUGUUAUCAGCUGCCUUCGCUCUCUUACCUUGCGGUCGCUCUGGAGGAGGAUGGCGUUCGGCUCUGCGGAGGCUCCUGCGUGCUCUCCGUCGCUGCAUGUCCUCUUUUCUCUCCAAACAGGGCUUUAAACCUCCACAAAAAGCUUUUUUUUUUUUUGUAAACUAAAACAAAUGAGAGUCUGUGCGUGGCCGCGUGCAUGAAUCGAGGUCGUGUUUUUAUUAUAAAAAUAUCUUUAUUAAUAUACCGAUUCCUCUCACCUGACCGAACUAAAGGGUCCGGGCAGAUCUGUGGUGUUUGUGACGUUGUGGAUUGACGAGCGUUCGGUGUGUGUUGUUUUUUUAUUUUUACCAUUUAGUAUUUUUCUUAAAAAUAGCGUCCUUUUCUCCAAGAAAGUAUGAGGCUCAGUCGAAACGGUUUCUAGUUAAGAAUUAAACUGCUUUGGCAAAAAAAACCUUUGACUCGAUGAGUGAUCUGAAAACACCUUUUCAUCCUGCUCUUUCUAUGUUGGAUUGACCUUUAUCACAACAAGAGCUCACUCUAUCCGUCUUUCUUUAGAGCGUGACUCAGAUCCUGUUUGGCUCUGUGGGUGAAAUACUUGAUGUCUUCUCUGAUCAUGACGUAGCUGUGAUAGACUGUGUGUCCGAUCAGGUGUGAGUGUCUCUUAGGUUUUCUGUGUGUCGGAGCGGUUAAAAAAAGAGAGUAAUAAGUGUACUUUAUUCUAGGCCCAUUGUAGAAAUGGACAACUUGUACAUACAAACACUGACUUGAAUGGAAUACUCACAGCUACUCAGCGGUGUGUCGGGUCUAUCAUUCAAUACUGCUAUUUUAAGUUGUCGUCUGAGCAGAGGUGAUGUCAGCUCAGUGGAGCAUUAAAAACUGUCCACGUGUCCUCGUGCACGCUCAUGAAUGUACAGCAGAGAGACCGACGUGUCCGAAAAAACUGCAGAAACACUUGAAAACGUUUCACACCUGUACAAGCAUGACAUGGAGCCGUUAGAUACAUCAAUACACGGAGAGAGGUUAAAAAAACAAGUCCAGAUUUGGAUCUGCAUGCUCAGCAGCUUUUUAUUUCAUUAUAUUAUUAUUUUCCUUUCUUUUGUCUGGAUUGUUCUGUGUGUUUUGAUCAGGAGAAACUCUUGAGCUGCAUCAGAAAAGAAGGGAAAUCCUUUUAUUUUUAUUUUAUUUUAUUUUUUGGUUAAAAAAAAGAGGCGGCUCUCCCUCAGAAUCAAACCGGCUUCAGCUGGACCUCAGAUCACAGACGAGGAGUGAAAAGCCUGAGCGGGUUUGAGGAUGACGGAGUCGGCCCGUAGACUAGAUGAGUAGACGUGCGAUGUACAGUUUGGUAGCAUUACCAGUGAGGCCAGCCGGGGUUUGACUGACAGGAGGGGGGCGGGGCUUAGAGAACAGAUGGAGUCCAAAACACUGCUGUCUUUAUUGUAAUCAUGAAUAAGCACUUGCAAAAUCUACUGUUUGUUUUGUUUGUUUUUGUUUUCUUUCUGAAAGACAAAGAUACACCAUGUACUCAGUUUAUUUUCUCUUUUCUGAUAAAGCAACAUUCAGGGGAAUUGGUAGUGAAUGUAAUACAAUUAGUUCAUGUUUUUAUUUCUUUUUCAUGGCUUUCAGGCCGUGACAGAAGGUCUAGACAAUGGAACAUAACAGAAUAUCUAAUAAAUUUGAUCAAAUAAGAA